AUGUCUGCUUUCCACACCACGCCCGCGGACCAUGCCAAGGGUGGCAAGAGCAAGAAGAAGCGCAAGGGCAAGGGCGACGAGCCCGACCCCCGCAUCAUUAACCUCAAGUCGUCGAUGCCGCGCGCCGUGCCGGCCCCCCUACGAUUCGCCCGCAAUCGCGCGCUGCGCCAUUGGACUAUUCACCGCGCGUGGCUGCUUUUCCAGCGUAAGGAGCGGGAGCGGGAGGCGCAUGAGCUGGAGAGGAUGUACCAAUCCAUGCACAACGCCGCCGAAGAGCUGCGCCAGACCAGCGGGCCCGGUACCCGCGAGGAGGGCUUCCUGUACCGCGUCGCCAUGGAGAAGAAGGGCGUGUACGGCCACAACGCCGUGCCCAUCGAGUACGCCAGGCCGCAGACCGAGACCCCGGCGCGGGAGCCGUGGAACCAUGGCUGGACGCGCUGA